AUGUCGAAAGAGGUCCCGGCGCUUCCGUCGGCGACCAAUGUCGACGCCGCGACGCCGCGAUUGACGCUCGGCGAGGACGCAAAGAUUACGUUCGAUCACUUGGGUCCGAUCGUCGUGAGCGAGGACGGGACGUUGUCUCGAAUUGGGAAUUGGGAGAGCCUGAGCGAGCGCGAGCGCGAGGUGGCAAAACGGAGGAUUGCGAAGCGGAAUAAUGAGCGGUUGGCGGUGUUGCGGGCGAAGGAGUCGGGUGGCGGGUCGUGA